GGCUGCCUGCUCUCUGCUGCGAGGCGCCCGGAGUUCGGGCCCUUUCCCACGGGUCACAGGCUCCAAGCUGGGGAAGAGAGAGUAGGCAAGGUUCGCGCCCGGGCCAGGGCUGUUUGUGUCCCCUCCACCUUCAGCCUGUCACAGCAGCGUGGAGGUGGAGGGUUUGCGUCCAUGUGUGACUGCCACCUCCCCUUAGACAGCCCAGGUAGGGGUGGCCGUGCCUUUGCCCGGGUAAGUUCCCCGGACCUUAACUAUGGGUCUUAGAAGGGAUGAGAACCUGCACCCAGGUUCAGGACUGCAGCCCCGCCCUGUGACAGUUUACCUAGCCGCCGGUGACCUUUGCCAUCGUUAGGGGCUGAGAUCUGGUGGGGGCUGACCCGGAGGAGCCCUGUGGCUGCUGCCUCCCUGCCUACUUGAAGCAGGUCCCCGGUGUGCACUCCUUCAGCAGGCCUUGGGGGAAGAUGGCGGCCCUGGGGGAUGGUCAGGAGCCCCCUCAUGUCCUGUCCCCGGUCAGUUUCGAGUCACCCGGGACACCUGGAGCCCACCACCAUGAAGCCCAACUUCACCUCCACCUCCACGGUCAUCAACAUGGUACUUGCCUCCCUGCACCAUCACUGCGGGCAGGCAGCUUGCUGGGCACUGGGGCUCCUGCACCCUGGGCCGAGAGAACCCCUCAGGCUCUCGAGCCUUUCCUCUGCUGCUGAGGCUUCGCUCUUCAGGGGUCCACAGAGGCCUCUGCAGGAAAGACCCCAGCAUCUCAGGAACCUGCCCAGAGCCCUCCAGCCAGUGAGGCCAGGACUUCUGGACCCCCAGCCUCCCAACUCCCAGGUCCAGGAGGCGGGGCCAUCAGACCUGGACUUCCAGGACGUGGCGGAGGCCCGGAUCUGCAGAGACACCUGCUGGUCAGGUUCGGAGUCGGAGCCAGAGCAGGCCCUGUCAUCUCCCUGCCCACACGGUCCUGAAGAUGAGGUGCACCAGGCUGGGGGCGUGCUGAGGACCCUGCUGAGGAGCCUUCCCCGCAGACCCGGGGUUGGGGACCACUUUGGGCAGGAGCCCAGCCUGGAGCGGCCAGCAGGCCAGCCACCGAGGGCCGGGCCCCGUUCCCAGAAGAGAGGCACCUGGCUCGGGUCGCAGGGAGCCUCCGGAACGGAGGGCAGCCCAGGGUGCACGGUCGAGCUGGCGGGCAGCCUGAGCCGGGGCUCGGGCCUCGGGACCCAGCAGGGCGGCCCGCGGGGCGGGAAGCCGCACAGGUGUGAGGCCUGCGGCAAGAGCUUCAAGUACAACUCACUCCUGCUGAAGCACCAGCGCAUCCACACGGGUGAGAAGCCCUACGCCUGCCACGAGUGCGGCAAGCGUUUCCGUGGCUGGUCGGGCUUCAUCCAACACCACCGCAUCCACACGGGUGAGAAGCCCUAUGAGUGCGGCCAGUGCGGCCGCGCCUUCAGCCACAGCUCGCACUUCACGCAGCACCUGCGCAUCCACAACGGGGAGAAGCCUUACGAGUGCGGUGAGUGCGGCCAGGCUUUCAGCCAGAGCUCCAACCUGGUGCGGCACCAGCGGCUGCACACGGGCGAGAAGCCAUACGCCUGCAGCCAAUGCGGCAAGGCCUUCAUCUGGAGCUCGGUGCUCAUCGAGCACCAGCGCAUCCACACGGGCGAGAAGCCCUACGAGUGCCCCGACUGCGGCAAGGCCUUCCGCGGCCGCUCGCACUUCUUCCGGCACCUGCGGACCCACACGGGCGAGAAGCCCUUCGCCUGUGGCGCCUGUGGCAAGGCCUUCGGCCAGAGUUCCCAGCUCAUCCAGCACCAGAGGGUCCACUACCGGGAGUAGCGGGCGCUGGGGACGCGGGGUAGCAGCCUGGGGUUGAGGCAGCAUUCCCGCAGCGGGCUCCUGCCUGCGCGCCCUCCUGGUUGGCGCAGCUGGCAUCACAUGCCAUGUCCCGAAUAAAUUUUUUGUACUUGAUGGAGACAAGAGGAGGCCCAGGAGCUGACUUCAUCACCAUCUUGGGCUCUGUGCAGGGGGUGGUGCAGAUUGCAUGUGCAUGUGGGUCAGUAAAUAACAAAAAUGGACCUAAACCUGGA